UUACUUUGCAUACCACCCUCGUUGCAUUGCUUAAGUGCUCCAACGUUUAUAGUUUAUAAAAGAGCAAGCCUGAAGGUAAACUAAAAAGAUUUUAAACAACAAUUUCCGUCAAAUCACAUCGCCGAAUCUUACUACCGGCAAGCUUGUAUUGAGCUGAGCAACGUUCUUAGACACAAGAAAAGAGCAUGUCAUUUCAUGGCAACCAGAUUGUCUUGGCCGUGUUGUUAGUGUUCUUAUUCGUGGCCACAAUAGCAGCUUUUCCCGAUGGGGCUCCAUCAGACACAUGUGUAAAGAAACGUCCCAACCAGCCCAAUCAUGGCCAGGCCAGAUCCCAGCCACUUGAGCAUAAUCCCUAUAACGUGGUGGCCGACACUGAAACAUACCACCCAGGCCAAGAAGUAUCAGUGGUCAUAUAUCCCCAUACUAAACAGGAGUUGUUCCGUGGUUUUUUCAUACAAGCACGGGAUGCCGAUUCAAAUGAAUGGAUCGGCGAAUGGCUACACAGUGAGAACACCAAUACCAUUCCAGAAUGUUCUGCUAUAACACACGGCGACAAUCGCGACAAACUCGCCGCCAAACUUAUAUGGAAAGCUCCCCAAAAUAAGCGCGGUCGAGUUUACUUCACGGGGACUGUUCUGCAGAGCUAUGGCACUUUUUGGAGCGACAUUAUCGGAAAGGUACAACGUAGCCAAUAGAACAAUGAUGCAGACCCCACGUUUUCCUGCUAUCAAUCACGUCCGAUUUUAAAAUUAAAUCGAGCAAUAUUCACAUCGAAAAAGCCUUUCCUAUUGGUGCUCAAAUAGAAAACUAAUGGACGAUAAAUCGAAGAUAUUACCUGUUCAACGCACUUUUUAAUAAACAAUGUCAUGAUUUCCAACUAAAAACCAAAGUAAAAAAAUAAAACUGAAAUUUAUACAAUCUACGGAUCGUCUUUUACACCUGAUAUAUUGGAAAAUAUCUGUAUUGAAAAUAAAAAAAUAUCUUGGACAUAUUGCUUACCAGAGUCGAUGCAUCUCAAGACCCAACUAAUAAUUUUAUGUAAAAUUUUUAGAAUAUGAACUAUUUUCAAUAAAGUUAUACAAAAUUUCAA